GUUGAUGUGCCUUGGCACUGACUGCACUGCACCAUCACUACCAUAUCACCACUACCUUCAUUAAAUUCCACCACCUGGCGCUGACUGCUGCUGUGCACGCCCAGGUCUCCUGCAACCUUCCCUCAAACGGACCGGCUGCCAUGCCAAGCGGCGGAACCCCUCUUUCUUUCUCCGCCUUGACCUUAUCGCGGUAGUGGCCGUGGUUCAUCCGUAUCGCAACGAACCAUAUGUUCAUCACAUUCCAGAGACGAUGAAUCUGGUGCCGCCAUGAAGCGAAGCCGACAUUUUUUCGAGGCCAAUGGCGAUGUUUCGUCAGGCGUCUCCCCUCACGAUGCGGGGGCCCAUCCCACCCCGGAGCACGAUCCACGGCAAAGUCCGAAGCACGUUCCGAAAAUCUCGCGCCGAAUACGCGCCUGCACGGAGUGUAAGCGGCACAAGGUUCGAUGUGAUAUGAAUGAGGGUGAAACGAGAUGCCACCGAUGUCGCCGGAUGGGGCUGGAAUGUGUCGUCAACAAAAGUCUCCAGACAUUGCUAGACGAUGAGACAGAAUGGAAGGCAGCAAUAGAGCUUGCAAUGACGGACUUGCUUCGCAAAGCUCAACUUCCUGAACUAUCCUACUAUCAAGCCAUCAGCAAGCCGGCCGAGCCACCAUCGAGAACACGGGAUCGCAAAGACUCAACGGCCUCCAUAGAAGAGACGCUCUUUCCAAUGCAUAAUCCCACCGAAGGAACAAAACCCAUCGAGCCUGCACAUACCGCAACAAAUGAACCUAGCGCACCCAGUACCACCGUCCAUCGGCAGUCGCAAUAUUCACUCGACAGAGAAGAGAACGGAGCAUCAUCCCUAGUCACUGCUCCCAUGGGAAGCUUGUACGAGGUGACUCAGUUGAGCGAUAUUCAAACCACAUCUCCUGGGCGACAUCACGCCUCGGAUCGGGCUCUUGUCACGGACUUCAUAUCGCGGGGAGUUGUGGAUGCACAGGAAGCAGAGGAACUAUUUUCUCACUUUGAUCAGUUGCUCAGUCGCUAUUUAUGGGAUGGCAUCUUGUUGAAUCACAAGGACCUAACAUCAGUACGCAACUCUUCCUCGAUGCUCUCUGCUGCCAUCCUUGCUGUGACUGCUCUUCACAUGCCGAGCAAGGAGCGGGUGUAUGAAAUCUGCUACACCGAGUUCGCUAAAUUAGCAUCGGAAUCUAUGUUAGACAGACAUCAUACGCUGGAUGAUCUACGUGCAUUAUGCAUAGGAGCCUUUUGGCUUGCAGAUGUCAGCUGGAAGCUCUCAGGGUAUGCUGUACGAAUAGCGACAGAGCAUAACCUUCACCAAUCUUAUAGAAAAGCCACACAAGGCUCUCCGGAACACAUAGAGCAAGCACGGCUAUGGUAUCUCCUAUAUACCCUAGAACACCAUUUCUCCAUCGCCUAUGGGCGGCCCCCUAUCAUCCAUGAGGACCUGAGCAUCAAGAAUCACAACACAUUCACGCAAUCUCCGAACGUGCAACAGGGCGACCUGCGACUGCAUAGCCAGGUUGAUCUGUUCAUCAUCCUCACUCACAUCUACCAUGCCUUCGGUCCUGAUGUGGACUUGGAGGUUCCUGAUAGCGAGUUUUCCAAAAUAGACACAUUUGAUGCUGCUCUUGCGGAGUGGCAGUCGUCCUGGAUUCCACGUUUGGUGGAAAGCCGGUAUGUUGGGAAGUACCCCUACAAAGCGGUGCACUUGCACUAUCACUUUUCUCGGCUGCAGCUGAACUCGGUCGCUUUGCGAACCUAUCAUUCGUCCGGCUCUACACGGCCUAUGUCGAAUGAGCGGAAGGAACGAGCAAGGAUUGCGAUCCGAUCUGCCAUCGACACGCUUCGGGUCGUUCUCGAUGAGCCCGAUAUUGAAAGGGCCUUGGUUGGGGUUCCGUUGUACCUUCACAGCAUGAUCGCGUUUGCUGCUGUAUUUCUACUGAAGAUUGCAGCGAAAGGCUGCUCCAGUAAUGCGACCGGGAUCGCCGGUCAGCAGAAUUCUAUCGCAUCGGCGGGAUUGCUCAUCGAUGUCGGAUAUGUUCGUGCACUGGUGGGACGGAUCGUCGACAUGAUGGUUUCGUGCAGUAAACGGGCCAGCGAGCAUCAUCUCAGUCAUCAUAUCGCGCGUGGCCUGAAGAAGAUGCUUACGGGGUUGGAAGAGUGGGAGAAGAGGAGCGCCGGUAACUCGCAGACUCUGGGACACAAUUCCCACGACAAAUCCUCUCUUUUCAAGCCUGUCGGCAUCUCUGGGUCGCAGGCCGUGGGUGCUCGAGAUACUAUCCUCAACCACCCACCCCCCAUGUUAGGGGUAGCGCCUCUCUCGGCAGAACGAGGCAUCGGUGCCCCCUCGAGUGCGGGCACCGAGAAGCAAAAAAUGGGCCUUUCCGCAGGCUCGGUCGACCCGAUGAUGGCCGAUCUAUGGGGGUUUGAUGAGGAGUAUUUCCCAACCGGGGUCUUUGAUUUCCUUCAAUCUCAAAUGCCUGCUUGAUGAGCUGUAUAUAGAGCAUUAUGAUAACGAUGGAUCACCAAAUGCGCAGGACGCAUACACGCAAUGGGUGC